AUGCACGCCAAAGGAGCAACGCUCCGUGCCUUGUGGUUGACCGCCGCCGUCGCCACCGCCAUCAGCGGUCCUCGUUCUUCGGCCAGCGCCAGCACCGGUGCCUCGUCUUCCGCCUUCGUCGGAGCUGCCGCAGCAACCGUGGCGCCACUGGAGCCUUUCCACGUGCGCGCGCCCCACUGGGGCGCGCGGUCCAGCCCCACGCCGAGAAGCAGCCCCUCUUCGUCCUCCUCGUCGUCCUCCUCGUCCAUGUCAAUGGCGUUCGCUUCUGCCGCCCGGGAGACACAGCGGCAACAGAAGAACGACGACCUGCUGCAACGCCCGCACGCGUCGCCUGUGGCCGCGGCGGUGGCUCCCAAGAACACGCUGCCGCUGAUGGGCAAGGCCCUGUUCGUGACGGGGGGAGGGGCGGGGGCGGGGGCGGCCGGGAAAGGGGAGCCGGCGGGCUUCGGCGUGGCGAGCGCCUGGGGGGUGGUGUCGGUGGUUUUCAUCCUCAUGAACGCCGUUAAGCGUCUGGCGCCGAUCGCCAUGCAGCCGUUCUCGAGGGCUUCUCUGGGCUUCCAGAAGAAGUUCUCCCCGCUCGUGGUGAAGCGCGCGCUCACCCUCGACCAAGCAGCGGCGGCGGUCCCGGCGGCGGACGGCGGGCAGAAGCGGCGGCGGCGGGCGGGGCCCCUCCGGCUGCUCCUGGCCGGCCCGUACAGCAUGGGCCUCUUCCACGCCACGAAGAAGAGGAAGACGGUGAGCUGGUCGCUGACGGCGGGCGUGCUGUGCCUGGUGCAGAUGGUAAAGCGCCUCCCGUACCCGUGGAGGUCCAUCGUGGACGCGGGCGUGGUGGUGGGGCUGUCGUAUGGGACCCUCUCGAUCUGCGUGAUCUGGGCGAGGGCGAUCCUGGGCAAGGCGCCUUCGAUCGACCCGGCGCUCCCGGAGGAGAAGAAGUGA